AUGCCCGAAGUAUCUGAACAGGCAAUAAAAACUGCAGAUGAAGCUGCAAUUUCCAAUGUCCAACAGCCAUUAUCGCCAGACUCAGAAGUGUUGCCCACAGAAAAUAAUAAUGACAAUCAUAAUAAUAAUAAAAAUGAUGAUAAUGAUGGAAAUACGCUGACGAAUUACAAAGAAAUAUACGAGAGCUUGUUAAACCAGUAUAAUACGCAGAUUACUGAAUCAGAGAAACUUUUCGCCCAGGAGAAAACUCUUCGAAAGAUCCUUAACAACCUUUCGAGAAAAAACAGCGCCAUACUAGAUUUGCUAGCGGAAUACGAGGAUGGAAUGGCGAAAUCCUCAGAAGAUGUCACUCUGGAAAUUUCACAGGAUAGUAAUAUUAAUAUUAAGGAUAAACCACCUCUACAAUUUUUGGAAGCAUACCUGCUGGAAAAUGCCCCACUGGUAACUAAGAAAAUCGAAACAAUUAUUGAAAAAAAACCAGAAUUGGCCACGAUCCUUCAACUUGCAUUGGAUGUCAAUUCGAACCAGGAGACCCAUCUGAAAUUGGGAAAGUCACAGGAGAUCAUCAAGAGGCAUGAACAAUUAUUCCAAUUAUACAAUAAUAUUCCAUUGCUUCCACUGGACAGAGAAUUGAUUUGCCGAGAGCAAAACCCUUCCAGUACAAGCUCAUGGUUAAAACUCAAUUACCCUAAGAUAUUCAAUGACACAGGCGAUCUUUUAAACACUCUACGGCCGUUACCGGAUACUUCUGCAUAUAUCUUAUUAAAUUCCUUGAUUUCUUUGCCAGAAGGAGUGAAUGCAAAGGAUCCGAAGUUAAACCAGGCCAGAAAAUCGGGAGAAGAAGAGAAGCACGAGGAAGACAGGGAAGCGAAACGUCAAAAGGUCGAAUGA